UAAAUCGUAAAUUAAAAAAUAAAUUUAAUUUUAAGUGACAAAACCAAAGUUCCUAAAAAUGUCAUAUGGGUCUUUUAUGAACUUAACCUCAAAGUGUGCACACAUUACGAUUUUUUUCUUGUGUUUAUAUUAGUUUAAAGUUGUUUUUGAAAGAAAAUGGCUAAAAGUAUUCGUAGUAAGUGGAAGCGAAAGUGUCGUGCAAUCAAACGAGAACGUUAUGGUAAAAAGGAACUGGAGCGUUUAAAGAAGACUCUGGGGAUCGAUGAUAGUCAGUCUGAUAAUAAGGAUGUAAAUAAGACUGAAAUUUCGGAAGUAGUCAACGUCGUAGAUGCUAAAUCCAUGAAAAACAAAGGAGAAAACGAUGAACAAAUGAAAACUGACACAAAGAAACGCGUUUUUAACCCUAAGACUUUGAGAGAUGAACAUGGUGCAUACCCCGUAUGGUUACACCCGAGGAAAAUUGCUAAGAAUAAGUCCAAGAAAGCAAAGAAAGUGAAAAAAGGGAAACACUAAUUGUUAAGUAUAGUUGGUUUAUUAAAAAUAAAAGUACAUUUUUAAAUGUUUA